GUGGUAAUUGGACAUUUCCUGCUUCAGUUGUUUUCGUGCAGUGCUUAAUGGAGAGUUAUAUGGAAAUAAAAGUCAUCCUGCUCAAAUCACCAGACAUGUGAGUAUUAACCACCAACGGCAUGCAUAAGAUGCUUCACUCAGUUAAGUUUGAAAUGGGCACUAAGUAUUCUAAACUCUAUGUGAUUUCUUGAAGAUAACUGCAGAUGCACAAAACUUCAGAAGUACUAAUUAAUAUGCAGAUUCACCUCUGGGGGGGGGAGGCUUUUGGUUUUGUUAGCUUUGUUAUUUCCUUCCAGGAUCCAGUUUAUUAUGAGUUACUUUGAGCACAUGCCAAUUUUGUAGACUGGAUCCUGUUACUUCCACACCCCUUAGAAGUUUCAUUUUCAUUAUUUGUGCUAUACAUAGCAGAACUUCUGUUUAAGGAGAAACCAAGUACACAAUAAUUCCUCUGAAUAUAGCACAAACUUGAAGAUUGGUAACACCCAAGGAAGGCAGAUUGCUUCUUCUUCUUUAAUUAAGUUCAAAACUCUGACCAGUAACCAAGACCAUUCCGAAAGCUGUCAGGGGCAGAAAGUCCAUGCCUCCAGCUUCUAUCCCAAGAAGUGUAUUACUUCCAAAUCCUGCUGCCAUAAAUAUAAACCAAUUCAUCACAACUCUUCUUUGCUCCCUGAAUAGUAUUAAGGGCAAGGAGAUGCAACGUCAUGCCAAGGAGCAGAUUUGACAAGGAAGUCUAUCCCUUGGUCUGUUAUUUCAAAUAUUUAAUUACCACUUUAAUUCUGUUUUUAAGUGAUGGUUUGCACGGGAAAAUCUUGCGGCUGAUUUGAACAACUCUAAAACCAGGAGUGACAUUGGCUCACCGGGCAAAACGCUAGCAGGCAUAGGCACCCUCACCCCUGAAUCCUCUUGCUAAGUAUGCGGUUUAAAACGUGCAUUUUGCAAUGUUUUAUUUUGAAAUAUUUAAGAUAUCUUAAGUUUCCUGUUAAUUAUGUUGCUUCGAAUGGAUACUGCACUUGACUUUCUUCAGUAACGUUUUUAUUCUGGGUUGUUUUAUUUGAUGAUUUAAUGUAAGCUGCAAAAAAGCGUUUUUUUCCCCCUUAAGAAUAGAAAGCGGUGCAGAAAUGAAAGGAAUGAUAACAACACACGGUGGUGGAGGGAGAAGAGGUGUUGAAAGUGAUCGUGCAAAGGCAGGGAGAGGAUCAGGGUUUCUUUGCAGCAGCCAAGUCCUUGCAGGGGCAGGAAAGCGGCGGGAGCAGCCGCGCGGAGCUCUCCAAAGAGGACCGCAAGGAGGAAGGCGGGCGGGGAACUCUUUAGGGGUGACACCGGCGGUGAAAAGGGAUGGGAGCGCCCGACAGCGAGGCCCAGCCGGUCAAGCGACCCCGACACCAAGGAGGCUUUGAAGAGGGGAGAAGAGGCAGCUUGAGGGGCGACGCCCGCGAAGCGCGGGGAGCGGGAGCGGGGAGGGAGGAACCAAGGCGAAGGGUCGCGGGAGCAGGGGGGGAAGCUUUCGGUGAAACACCGCUGAGGACAACGGUUGGGGCGCGUGCGGGGGGGAGGGGGAGGCCGAAAACCGCGCGCCGCACUCACCUGACAGCGCGCGGCAGAGGAAGCGCCGCCAGCGCAUGGGGAGAGGGAGCGGAGCCGUUUCCCCCGAAUGGUGACUCAAGGAGGGCGGGCCGGGGCAGGGCCGGGCCCGGCCGCCGCCGCCGAGAACAAACCCCGCCCCUUUACUCGGAGCUCGCUUACGUCAUCGCCGCGCCGCCGCCCUCCUUGUUUCUCGAUGUCGCUGGGUGAUGACGCAAGAAAAUGAAGCGUUCCCAGAGCGGCAGAUCACGUGAGCGGGACUCUUCGGAGCCGGUAAGGAGGAGCAAUCCAUUGGGGACAGAGUAGCGGGGGGGGUGUUAAAGUAUCAAUAGGUCAAACCAUUCAGAAAGAGGGAGCCGUGGUUUUGGUGAGGAGAGAGGCGCGCGAAGGCAAGUCUGGGAAACGGCGAGGAUCGAACCAUCUGCAGGCGGAGGCGCGGGGAGAGCAGGGCUAAACCAUUGUUGGACCUAAUGGGGGGGAGGGAAGCAGUUGAGAUUGGGGGCGAACCACUACCGCGAAGCAGGGGGGUUCCGAGGGCCAAACCAUUUGUGGAGUGGGGGGAGGCAUGGUCUUGUUUGAUAUCUGACCCGAUUCUGACGUCUCGUCUCCUUUUCCUGCAUUUCCCCUCUCCAGUAGUGUGCAUUUACUGUAUGUGUCUCUGCCUAUUCUAUCUAUUGUACCUGCAUCGCAGGGGGUUGGGCUGAAUGACCCUGGGUAGGGGGGAUUCCUUCCAAUUCUACAAUUCUGUGAUUCAAGCUCCAGUCGUUGCAAGCACUUGCAGUGGCAGCUGCACGCUCUGUCUCUGCAAAGACCGUAUUUUUCGCUCCAUAAGACGCACCUAGUUUUUAGGAGGAAAACAAGAAAAAAAAUACUCUGGACAAAACAGUGGAUGUGUGGUUUUUGUGGUUCAUGCUGUGGCCACAGACAUGUGAUUUGACGGUGAGUUUGGGGUAGCCCAAUGCAAAAAUCCUGAGGAUCCAUGUGGAUCCGUGCUUUGUAACCACGUUUUUGCAGCAUUGCGGCCCCGCGCAACAGUGGGUGCAUGGUUUUUUUGGUGCAGGCUGUAGCCAUGGACAUGCUAUGUGAUCUGAUGGUGAAUUUGGGGUGACCCAAUGCAAAAAUCCUGAGGAUCCAUGUGCUUUUACCUCCCCCCUCCCAGGCAGCCUCCUUUUUCUCUAGAGUCCCUUAUCUCCCUCCAGAUUGCUUGCCGAUCAGCUGCUCAGAGGCUUUGUUUCAACACCCCCUUCCCUCUUGUUUGCCUUAGUGUCUUUUCCUUAGCUGGAGCAGUUUUUUGCUCCUCCUUUUCUUCUAAUUUCUCUCCUCAUUGCUUGUUUUAGUAUUCCUGUCUCCUCUCCUUGCAAGUUCGCUGUCUUUACCUCCCCCCUCCCAGGCAGCCUCCUUUAUCGCUAGAGUCCCUUAUCUCCCUCCUGAUCGCUUGCCGAUCAGCUGCUCAGCAGCUUUGCUUCAACACCCCCUUCUCUCUAAAAAAAACCAAACACGAUUUGCUUUUUGCCCCUGGGCAAUUCGGUUCCAGGGACCAUGCAUUCACUCCAUAAGACGCACAGACAUUUCCCCUUACUUUUUAGGAAGAAAAAAGCGUGUCUUAUGGAGCAAAAAAUACAGUACUUCCAUCCCUCGAUCCAGGAGGAAAACCCCACCCAGGCUUUGAAGGGGGAAGUGCUGGGCAUUUGGAAGGCACCUAGGCUGUGUUUCCAAAGCACUGUGAGAAGACCAAAAGUAUCUUAAUUGCUAACAGCAUAAGAACUUUCUUGUUGGAUCAGAUGCUUUUGGAACACCUACUUCCAAAACACGAUGGUUUUGAUGGGAGGCCACAUGCUAGAUAUUUCCUCCCACCUUAAGCACACACCUGUUGUUCAGAUGUUUACUGCUAUCUGUUCUAGAUUGUCUCUUUUUAGCCAUCUCUGCUAAAUCUAUAUACAGUGGUACCUCGGGUUACAUACACUUCAGGUUACAUACGCUUCAGGUUACAGACUCCGCUAACCCAGAAAUAGUGCCUCGGGUUAAGAACUUUGCUUCAGGAUGAGAACAGAAAUCGUGCUCUAUUAGCUAAAUCCAUUAGCCAAUUGAGGCCCCAUUAGCUAAAGUGGUGCUUCAGGUUAAGAACAGUUUCAGGUUAAGAACGGACCUCCGGAAUGAAUGAAGUACUUAACCCGAGGUACCACUAUAUUUAAUAAGUAUUUUAUAUUGCCUUCCUACUUGGAUUCAUAUUUUUAUCAAUUAAGCGAUAUAUAAACUUGUCAAAUAAGAAUAAACUUUUCUCCCUUCAUUCGUUUCCAUAAAGAGCAGCUGUGGCCCCUUGGAUGAUGCUCCGUAAAGAUCAUUGCGGUCUUUGCUCAUCAUAAAAGCCAAAUCCUGUGCCUCGGAAUCGCUGGAGUUUGGCGUUUGUUUGCCAGGCUUCAGGGACUGUACAUGAGCUCAGAAUGACGACCGUAAUCCGGACUUUAAGGUACAACUCUGUUUAUUUAGUGGGAUCAUUGUGCCUUGUGCUGUCCAGGAUCUAGAACUGAUAUGGCCCUUUUCCACAGUUCUUUUUCCGUUCUUGUACAUAUUCCAUGAAGGUACAUUGCAUUGUUUUUCAGCAGAUCAAGAGUAAGCCUGCAAUCUCAUGCAUGCUUCUGAAGUCAGGAGCUCAGCCUACACUCGAGUAGGACCCUGGCAGAGACACAUGCCCGACUGGCAUGUUCUCUCCCUCCUGGUCAAUCGUUCGGGAGCUUCAAAAGCUUUCUUCAGCCCAAACAUCGCAGCAACCAAUGCCAACCGACACCAGCACACUUAGGGAUCUUCAGAGUCUUCACAGUUGUGUAACAGACCUCAGCAACUCAGCGUUUUGGCUAAUCUACUUUAUUUACAUAUAAACACACACGGAGCACUGCAGUAUGGCUUCCUUUCUCUCUAGCAUCAGACAGCAAAGAGAAAAAGAACAAAGGACAAUAGUCCCACUUCACGGAACACAGUAACACAAACAUCCUGUCUCCGUCACUUCCCACUCUGUGGAGUCAAAACAUAUACCGUCAUGUGAUAGACAAAAACCCCAUGACUGCAAUCAUGGAGCAGGAAUUCUAACAAAAGGACUUCUGGACGGUUAGGUCUAGUCAGAUUUGACUAUGGGAUGCGGUGCUCAUAUCCGCUUUCAGGUUGAGGGAGCCGGUGUUUGUCCACAGACAGCUUUUCCGGGUCAUGUGGCCAGCAGGACUAAACCACUUCUGGUGCAACAGGACACCGUGAGCACACAGAAACACACGGAAGCAGCAGGAGGGAAGUGUGUUCUUUGCACUCUGGUCCUGCUUGUGAGCUUCUGGUUCGCAGAUUCUGGAUUAGCUGGGCCACUGGCCUUACACAGCAGGGCACUUCUUAUGUUCUUAUGCUUUUCUUAUGCUAUGAACCAACCUGCAUCAUCUGAGGCCCUUCUUCCUGCGCCUCCAUGAGAAUUCCAGAGGGUGGCAAUACAGGCCUUUUCUGUGGUGGCUCCCAUUUUUCGGAAUGCUCUCCUCAGAGAGGCUUGCCUGGCACCUUCACUACAUAUCUUUAUAUGCCAGGCAAAAGCAUUCCUCUUUUCCCAGGCCUUUGGCUAAUUAAACAACCCAUGGCCUUUAAAACUGUGCGGAGGCCUUACUGUUUUUUGUUUAUCGCUACGGUAUGUAUUUUGGUGUUUUUAUAUUGUAAACCACCCAGUGUUCCUCAGAUGAAGGGCUGUAUGGACAUUUUAAAAAUAAAAUAAUAAAUAGAGAGUAAUUAAGUGCUGCACAGGUGUUAAUCUGACUAAAACAGCAGUUCAUCUGCACAUGUUUGAUCCAAGGAUCUAAGAGCCCUCUUGGGGGGGGGGGGAGAGGCUGAGGUUUGUUUUCCUCUGUUACUUCAAACAAAACGUGAGACAGAGUGAAUUCGGAUAGGUAUUGAACCAGCUUCAAAGCCAGGAUUAAAUCUUCAAAGCUGUGUACUCUGAGGGCUUUUAAUAUAUAUGAAUAGAAAUUGGCUCCCUUUCUUGUUACUGAAUCAUCACCUUAAAAUGCCAGCCAGGUGCCUGGAAAGCACAUUCAAUAAUAAUAAUAAUAAUAAUAAUAGUUUUAUUAUUUAUACCCCACCCAUCUGGCUGGGUUUCCCCAGCCACUCUGAGCCCUGCUGUGUUAGGGCAGGUGGUUGCCAGCUGAUAGAGUCUACCCCAGGGCUAGGUAUUAAUUCACAUUGUAGCUUAUAUAUUUUUGCAAGGUACAUUUAAAAAAGAAACCAAACUGUUAUUUCGGUAACCUUCAUGACAAUCCCGCAUGAGAGGCUGAAUGAGUACAACUUGCAGAAGGCCAGCUUUCAGUGGAGAGAGGAACUAAAUCUUGACACAGCUUUGUCUUACCCUUAAGUACCAAAUUCUAUCCGAAGACACCCUGCAGCCCCAAAUCCAAAGUCUGCUUGCAUCUGUUUUGUAAGAUACGUAUACUGUAAGAUAUAUAUUCAUAUUGUAAUUGCAGAAUGGCAGUAAAUUUAAUUAAAUAAAUAAAGAGGGAAGGGGGAAGAGUACAGCUUAUAUAAAUGAGGCAUCUACCCACCCACCCUUUCUGUUGUUAUCGUUUCAUCAGUAUUUGCUGGCAUUAUGAUCUUUUCUGGCUUUCUACACACCCUCCCGAUACCUGGACUAGCAAUCUUAAGAGCUAGCAACUCACUGCAUUUUAAAAUGAAAGCUGGGACGUCAGAGAUGCUGAAAUCUGCGGCCAAUAUAAAUUUCAUGUUCCUUAUGGUGCUACUCCUUGAGGCCAAGCCAAACUGCCUGUUUACUAAAUCACAGUCUUUUUCUUAUCAGAGUUGGGUUCUGCUCAGAUAUAUACCGUAUUUUUUGCUCUGUAAGACUCACUUUUCCCCUCCUAAAAAGUAAGGGGAAAUGUGUGUGCGUCUUAUGGAGCGAAUGCAGGCUGCGCAGCUAUCCCAGAAGCCAGAACAGCAAGAGGGAUUGCUGCUUUCACUGCGCAGCGAUCCCUCGUGCUGUUCUGGCUUCUGAGAUUCAGAAUAUUUUUUUUCUUGUUUUCCUCCUCCAAAAACUAGGUGCGUCUUGUGGUCUGGUGCGUCUUAUAGAGCGAAAAACACGGUAUAUAUAUUGUUAUUUCUGGUAUGUAUAUGUGUUCUUAAAGGGUCUAUCUGUGUGUCAAUUUUUGCAUGGAUUUUACAAGUUCUUCUCUGAAUCGGUUUCAGGGCUUUGCGGUUAGAGGCCUUCUCCGGACUCCUUCCCAGGACUUCUGGCCUCCACACAUCCACCAGGCAGUCCAACUCCAACCGGACAUCCAUCGCCUGCGUGGCCCGGCAAAAGUAUGCCCGGCUCUAUCCAGUGUUGCUGGUCAGGCCUGAUGGUUCUACGUUCUAUAUCCGUUACAAGGAGCCACGGCAGAUCCUUUCGGUUAGAGUUGCUGUUUAAUAUUCAUUCAGUUUAUAGUCCCACUGUUUAUGGGACGGUCCCAGGGCAGGUUACACCGUGGCAGGACAGAACAUUAAAUGCAACCAGAACAUAAGAAGCAGGAUCAGGCCAAUGGCCCAUCAAGCACAGCAUCCUGCUCUUAUCGUGCAGAACAUUUAACAGUAUGCAGGCGGCACCAUAUACAGUGGUACCUCAAUGUACAGUGGUACCUCGGGUUACAGACACUUCAGGUUACAGACACUUCAGGUUACAGACUCUGCUAACCCAGAAAUAGUACCUCGGGUUAAGAACUUCGCUUCAGGAUGAGAACAGAAAUUGUGCGGCGGCAGUGGGAGGCCCCAUUAGCUAAAGUGGUGCUUCAGGUUAAGAACAGUUUCAGGUUAAGAACGGGCCUCCGGAACGAAUUAAGUUCUUAACCCGAGGUACCACUGUAUUCCUGUUGUGUUUUAUGAUUUUCCUGAUAUUGUAAGUGAGCCAGAACUGGUCUGUGACCGUAAUAAUAAAAUUCAUCCAGUGGUACCUCUGGUUGCAAACAGGAUCCGUUCCGGAGGCCCGUUCGCAACAUGAAAAGAACACAACCCGCAGCGGCGAAACCCAGAAGUAACCCUUUCUGGUACUUCCGGGUCGCCGCGGGACGUAACCUGAAAGAACGUAACAUGAGGUAUGACUGUACACAAAACAGAAGCAUUAAAACACAAGAGAAAAACAAGUGACUGCAAUUCAGCAAGGUACAGAUAGGCAGUAAGCUAUAAGGAAAACAAAUGACUGGCAGAUUAAUUCAGCUCCUACCAAAGGUCUGGGCAAAUUUAGUUUUUUGCUUGGAGAAAUAAAAGGUCUUCCAGGUGUCUGAGAGAGCAGCAAAUAAAUAUUCCCGAAAUGCAUUUAAGAAUCCCAGGACUAAAAGGUCCUUUGUUUGACCUGAAAUAUAUUGGAUGUCCACUAUGGGGGUAAACGCUUCGUACUGUAGGUUUCUCCAUGCAAAAAUAAUUCCCCACACAUAGAAAAUCAGCAUGUCAAGGGGAAGGUUUCUGCCCCCCCCCCUUCUGAUAUGCUAGUUUUUUUCUUAUGUGUAGGAAAUUAUUUUUACCUGAACAUUAAGCCAUUUGAUUCCUCCCACCAGCAUUCUGAACAGUCCAGACACAAGUUUACCACUCGUAUCAGCAGUAAGGUUCCAUUAGGGCAGGAAAGUCGUCAGAUUUAUGGGGCCGUUACAAUUAUUGUAUGUAAAUCUUUGAGAGUUAUUUAUUUAAAAGUAUACCACUUAAUAUAAAAAAAAACCUCUAAGCAUUUUACAUAAAAACAAUAAUAAAAAAUUCUGUUAAAAUUCCUCAAAACUAGAUAAGAGCAAAACAUAACUAUAUAUCACAAACGAAACUGAAUUGUGUGAUAAAUAAAAAUUAAGAGUCAAUAAAGUCCAGACACCAGGACACAUCUUCACACACUGCAAGAGGCGAUCACUAGAGGUGUGUGAACUCCGUUCAAGGAAAACAUUUUGACCGUUGCAGAUCAUCUACCGUAUGCGUCCAAUAAGCUUUAUACAGUUUGAAAACCACAGGCAUUGAUCCUGACCAUCCAUGAGGGGGCUGAAUUGAUUGCGCACCAGGACUAGUAACUUAAUAAUAGAAUAGUCUUUUGGUUUCUAAAGGGAUUUCUCAAUGUCUUUUCCACAAGCUGCAGACUUAACAUUUGAAGCAGCAGGCAUUAAAUACCUUAUUUUUUGCUCUAUAAGACGCACCAGACCAUAAGACGCACCUAGUUUUUGGAGGAGGAAAACAAGAAAAAAAAUAUUCUGAAUCUCAGAAGCCAAAACAGCAAGAGGGAUCGCUGCGCAGCGAAAGCAGCGAUCCCUCUUACUGCUCUGGCUUCGGGGAUAGCUGCGCAGCCUGCAUUCGCUUCGUAAGACGCACACACAUUCCCCCUUGCUUUUUAGGAGGGAAAAAGUGAGUCUUAUAGAGCAAAAAAUACGGUACUUCUCUUUCUUGCCUCAGUAAGGGUAUCCCUGCUGAAUUUCUAGAGCUGGUAGAAGGAACAAGAACCUGCCUGUGAGGAAAACAUGGCGAUUCUAGGGGUGUUUACAAGUUUCUAUGUAUGCAUAAUUCCGUUUCCAGAUACCUGUGGACAUCAACACGCUCCCUGACGCCGAAAGGAGAGCCCGCCUGCGGAAACGUGAUACCUCCAAGCUUAAACCCAAAGACGAGACACGUUUCGAAGAUGAUUUUAAAUUGGACGAUUACAGAAAGUUUUGGAAAAAGAAAUGAGAUCCGCCACCCGGGGUGGAGAAUCAGUCAUAAUCAGAUACUUCAUUUUACAUUUUAAGUUGUAAAAAUGUCCACAAAUAAAGAGAUGUCUUCUGUUUU